CUGAUCUGCUAUCAAACUUGGCACUGAAAGCGAUCUUUCACAAAAAUUAAGACCCCACCUCCUUUUGAGCCCACUCUAUCUUUUCUAUGCACCUUAUAACCAGGAACAUGUAAAGCUGACGAUGGUGAAUUUUCAUUAAGCCAAGUCUCCGUUAGGCACAAGAAAUCUUAGAUUUUAGAUUUAAAACUUCUUAUAUUUAAAUGCCCUCCUAAAAUACCCCUAGGCUUUAGUUUGGGAUCCCAAAUUAUUCUUGAGUGAUUGACAGUCUGGAAUAUAUUCAGUUUCCUGUUUUUAGUAAUUGCAACAUUUAGAAUUUUUGAAUGUCUGCAUAUUUUUUGAUUAGUUAUUGCAGGUAUUAUAGCCUUAUGGUUUACAGUGCACGCCGUCUGAUCGAAUGACGACUUAGCUGAAUUUGUUGAUAGUUCCACUGUUGAUCCAGCAACGCAACCGCUGGGCACAGUGUCCGCUGGAAUCCCCUCCGCGGCCAGAGCCGCGACACAUCGCUGAUCUCGCCGCCGGUCCGCUGGUGCGAAGGCGGCUCCCCCCAAGUGUGCCCCCGGCAAAUCAACCGGCGUUCCCACGAGAAAGGCCGCAGGAACUUGAACAGGCAACCCGCAUCCAGCGGCGCCCACGGAGCAUAGACGGCGAACAAGGAGGCGCUAUGACUUUCUUCUUCAGUUCACCGGUAAAACCACUGAAGAAAGAAAGAAGCCUGGCUCACUCAGAAGAUGUUGAUCAUGAAAGCGCAGGUGGAUGUGAUCUGCUGUAAAUCAGUAGGAACUGAUCUGUCCAUGCUGGAUAUUGAGGAUUUCAUCACAGAAAUCUGUCGGCUGAAGAAAGAGGUGGCGUCACUGGAGGCAAAGCUGAGAGAAAGAGGAGACAAACUGAACAGAGAGGUUUCAACAGCUCUUCAUUUCUUCCUUCAACUCAAACAAACCAAAGAUCUGGAGAAGGUUUCAGUGCAUGUGACUGAUGGGACAGAAGCUCAGGAUCAUGAAUCCACUGAUCAAAUCUCUGACUGUAACGCUGGAGAACAGCAGAUGCUGCAGACGCCGCUGAAGAUGUGCUCCGUCAAACUGGUGGACUGCAGGAACCUGAUCGAGAGCAGAGCAGAAGAAACCACCGCAGAGGAACAACAACACAGUCAUGAGGAAGAUCAUGAUAAUAUGUUCAUCAUGAAAGCGCAGGUGGAUGUGAUCUGCUGUAAAUCACUAGGAACUAAUCUGUCCAUGCUGGAUAUUGAGGAUUUCAUCACAGAAAUCUGUCGGCUGAAGAAAGAGGUGGCGUCACUGAAGGCAAAGCUGAGAGAAAGAGGAAACAAACUGAACAGAGAGGAUCUGGAGAAGGUUUCAGUGCAUGUGACUGAUGGGACAGAAGCUCAGGAUCAUGAAUCCACUGAUCAAACCUCUGACUGUAACGCUGGAGAACAGCAGAUGCUGCAGACGCCGCUGAAGAUGUGCUCCGUCAAACUGGUGGACUGCAGGAACCUGAUCGAGAGCAGAGCAGAAGAAACCACCGCAGAGGAACAACAACAGAGUCACGAGGAAGAGCGAGAAGAUGAUUGGAUUGAUGAUGAUAAAGUUGUUGAAACUGAUGAUGAGAAUGAUGGUAAUGAUGGGACAGAAGCUCAGGAUUCAGUCUGUAUUGUCAGAGAUCAGAGAUCCAGAGACACACAGGACUCAGAGCUCAGCCUCACUUUACUCUGUUUUUCAGACGCUCAGGAUCAUGAAUCCACUGAUCAAACCUCUGACUGUAACGCUGGAGAACAGCAGAUGCUGCAGACGCCGCUGAAGAUGUGCUCCGUCAAACUGGUGGACUGCAGGAACCUGAUCGAGAGCAGAGCAGAAGAAACCACCGCAGAGGAACAACAACAGAGUCAUGAGGAAGAGGAUGAGAAUAAUGGGAAUGAUGAAGAUGAUCAGAAUAAGGAUGAUGAAGAUCAGAAUGAUGAUGUUGAUGAUUAUGACUUUGUUCCUUCAGAUGAUAACACUGGUUCAUCUUCUGAUGGAGAAACUGCCUCCACAUCCAAAGAGCGAUGGACAGUGACGGACUGUGGAAAGACAUUCAGCAAACAGGGUCAUUUAGUGAGACAUAAGAAAAAACACACAGAACAGAAGGAAUUCACUUGCAAGAGAUGCAACAUCAGCUUUCCUACCUUCAAAGAGAAGAAACGUCAUUCAAAAAAGCACGAAGUGAAGAAGGAGUUUCGCUGCGAACAGUGUGGGAAGGAGUUUUUCACCUUUCCUUAUAGUAUGAGAGCUCACAUGAAGACACACGAGGAAAAGUCUUUCCAGUGCAAUGUGUGUAACAAGUUUUUCCGCAACAUUAGUAAUCUUUCUAUUCAUAAGAGGAUCCACACGGGUGAAAAGCCAUACAAGUGCCCUCACUGCGAGAAGAGCUUCAGCCAGAGAACGCAUCUGAAGAACCAUCUACUCAUGCACACCAAUGAGAGACCGUAUCAGUGCCCUCACUGCGAGAAAAGCUACAACCUCAGAUCAGAUCUAAAGAAACAUGUACUCAAGCACAGCAAUGAGACGCCGCAAAACAAUUUACUCAAGCACAGCAAUGAGAGCCCGAAUCAGUGCCCUCACUGCGAGAAGAGCUUCAGUCUCAGAUCGGCUCUGGAAAAACAUCUGCUCACGCACAGCAAUGAGAGGCCAUACCAGUGCAGUGAAUGUGGAAAAACCUAUAAAAACUCAACUUCUCUAAAGGCACACCAAAAAAUACACUCUGAGAAACCAUAUCAGUGUUCACACUGUGAGAAACGUUUCCAUCAUUCGACUCACCGGAAAACCCAUGAGAGGAUUCACACCGGAGAGAAACCGUAUCUGUGCUCCGACUGCGGGAAGAGCUUUGCUAGUUCAUUUUCGUACAGGAUUCAUCAGAGAGUUCACACAGGAGAAAGACCGUAUCCCUGUAGUGAUUGCGGGAAGAGUUUUUAUAAGCCAAGUGACUUGAAAAUACACAGGAGGACUCAUACAGGAGAAAAACCUUUUAAAUGCUCACAUUGUGACAAGACUUUUCCUCGAGCAAGUGCCAAGAAUGUCCAUGAACGACAUCACACAGGAGAAAAACCUUACCGUUGCUCCAUCUGCGGCGAGAGAUUCGCUUUUAUAUGGGUUUUUCAGACCCACAAGAAGAAACAUGCUGCUCCAGGAUCAUCAUAGCUUCAUCAUUAGCCAGUAAAUAGUUUUAUGUUGUGUGAAAGGAAAGGGGAAAAAAAAUAUUUUAUGGUUGUAAAAAAAAAAAAAAAAAUCAUAGCUUUAUCAUUAAUCAGUAAUUAGUUUUAGGUUGUAUUAAAAAAACAAACAAAAAAAACACCUUGUGGUGUUACCGCAAUAUUAUUUUAAGGUUGUAAAAAAAAUAAUAAUAAUUGUAAUUGUGUAAUUUAAUUGCGGUGUAAUACAAUUAAAAAUGCAAGUUUUUGUUACUGUUUGUUUCGGGUAGCUUCUUCUUGUAGACUAUAAACACUAAAACAGUAAUAUUGUGAAUUAUUAUUCCAGCGCAAAAUCACUUUUUUCUAUUUUAAAACACAUGACCCUACAGAAAUCAUUCUAAUAUGCUGAUGUGCUGCUAAAGAAAUCUCUUAUCACAGUUGAAAAUGCUUGUGUUGCUUAAUGAAGUGUGGAAACUGACAUUCAGUGUUCAGGAUUCACGAAAAGGGCAUAGAAUGGCAUUUCUUUCAUAUACAAAAGAAAACGCUCUCUGUAACAACUUUAUAGCUAAAAAAUUCGACCAGGGUUAUGCGUGUGAAAAGCAUUAUAUAU